AUGCAACCUCCAGCUCAUGGCGAAUCUUCCUUGCUAGCUGCAAAGCGUUUGCAUCAAGAAGUCCCACCACACCGCUGGUGUGUGACCUUGCAGGAGUUCCAGCACUUUGUACGGGACGUGCGAGUUGCGUGGCGAGCAGGACUCUGGGGACAAGUUCCAUCUCAUUCUACGAUCUCUUUUCAAGAUGACAGCUCCGGGCCGAAUGUCUACCAGGUGAACGAAGACUUUGUCAAGCCAUGCACACUGCGAGCUGGAGGAAUGAGCUACGCAUUGAUGCUGCAUUCGGGUGGACUGGAUUGUGAGGUCUUCGUCUCCCAUGCGUGGGCGGAGGGUAUUUUUGAGCUUUGCAUCUGUGUGAAAUAUGGCUGGGUGGUUGGCAAGCAAAACCUCUACUGCUGUCUGUUGGCCAAUCCACAAAACUUGGACAUCGGCGAAGUCUUGGGCAACACUCCUUCAGCAAGCCCCUUUGCAGCCGCACUGAACAGUGCUUCGCACAUCAUUGUGGCACCAAACCGUGCAGUUUCGGUCUAUUCUCGAUUGUGGUGCGUCUACGAAGCAUAUCUCGCGGCCAAACAAGAGAAGAUUUUCGUGAUGCCAGCGAUCUCCAACACCUCUCAGUGCUUAAGCCUCCAUUGCCAGUGGCUAUUCCUUCCUGUACUUUGCGGCAUUUUGUUGGGUGGGUUGCUUUCUUGGCUGGUCAGCAAAUAUGCAAGGCCAAAACAAGAGGUUGCUACAGGAUUAGCAAUAUUGGUCUACUUAAACCUUGGCAAUAUGUUGGUGCACAUCUUAUGGCGCGACACUGUCGCAAGCUGCGUGCUAUGUGGUGGACGGAUUCAUUUUUGCUUCUCACUUCUUUCUUGA